GGCUAUUGUUGAAAGUGCUGAUCUAAACAUUGGGGUACAAGUGCCCCUAUGCAUUAGCACUCCUGUAUCCCUUGGGUAAAUUCCUAGCAGUGCUAUUGCUGGGUCAUAGGGUAGUUCUAUUUUCAUUUUUUGAGGAACCUCCAUACUAUUUUCCAACGUGGCUGCAGCAGUUUGCAUUCCCACCCACAAUGCAAAAGAGUUCCCCUUUCUCCGCAUCUUUGCCAACAUCUGUUGUUGCCUGAGUUGUUAAUUUUAGCCAUUCUGACAGGUGUGAGGCGGUAUCUCAUUGUGGUUUUGGUUUGUAUUUCCCUGAUGAUGAGUGACAUUGAGCAUCUUUUCAUGUGUCAGUUGGCCAUCUGGAUGUCUUCUUUGGAAAAGUGUCUAUUCAUGUCUUCUGCCCAUUUCUUCACUGGAUUAUUUGUUUUUUGGGUGUGGAGUUUGGUGAGCUCUUUAUAGAUUUUGGAUACUAGCCCUUUGUCCGAUAUGUCAUUUGCAAAUAUCUUUUCCCAUUCCGUCGGUUGCCUUUUAGUUUUGUUGAUUGUUUCCUUUGCAGUGCAGAAGCUUUUUAUCUUGAUGAGGUCCCAAUAGUUCAUUCUUGCUUUUAAUUCCCUUGCCUUUGGAGAUGUGUUGAGUAAGAAAUUGCUGCGGCUGAGGUCAGAGAGGUUUUUUCCUGCUUUCUCCUCUAGGGUUUUGAUGGUUUCCUGUCUCACAUUCAAGUCCUUUAUCCAUUUUGAGUUUGUUUUUGUGAAUGGUGUAAGAAAGUGGUCUAGUUUCAAUCUUCUGCAUGUUGCUGUCCAGUUCUCCCAGCACCAUUUGUUAAAGAGACUGUCUUUCUUCCAUUGGAUAUUCUUUCAUGCUUUGUCAAAGAUUAGUUGACCAUACUUUUGUGGGUUUAAUUCUGGGGUUUCUAUUCUAUUCCAUUGGUCUAUGUGUCUGUUUUUGUGCCAAUACCAUGCUGUCUUGAUGAUUACAGCUUUGUAGUAGAGGCUAAAGUCUGGGAUUGUGAUGCCUCCCGCUUUGGUCUUCUUCUUCAAAAUUACUUUGGCUAUUCGGGGCCUUUUGUGGUUCCAUACAAAUUUUAGGGUUGCUUGUUCUAGCUUCAAGAAGAAUGCUGGUGCAAUUCUGAUUGGGAUUGCAUUGAAUGUGUAGAUUGCUUUGGGUAAUAUUGACAUUUUAACAAUAUUUAUUCUUCCAAUCCAUGAGCACAGAAUGUUUUUCCAUUUCUUUGUGUCUUCUUCAAUUUCCUUCAUAAGCUUUCUAUAGUUUUCAGCAUGCAGAUCUUUGACAUCUUUGGCUAGGUUUAUUCCUAGGUAUUUUAUGAUUCUUGGUGCAAUUGUGAAUAGGAUCAGUUUAUUUCUCUUUCUGUCGCUUCAUUAUUGGUGUAUAAAAAUACAACCGAUUUGUGUACAUUGAUUUUGUACUGCAACUUUGCUGAAUUCAUGAAUCAGUACUAGCAGACUUUUGGUGGAGUCUGUCGGGUCUUCCAUGUAGAGUAUAAUGUUGUCUGUGAAAAGUGAAAGUUUGACUUCAUCUUUACCAAUUUUGAUGCCUUUUAUUUCAUUUUGCUGUCUUAUUGCUGAUGCUGGGACUUUCAACACUAUGUUAAACAACAGUGGUGAGAGUGGGCAUCCCUGUCGUGUUCCUGAUCUCAGGGAGAAAGCUCUCAGUUUUUCCCCAUUGAGGAUGAUAUUAGCUGUGGGCUUUUCAUAAAUGGCUUUUAUGAUGUUUAAGUAUGUUCCUUCUAUCCCGACUUUCUCGAGGGUUUUUAUUAAGAAAGGAUGCUGAAUUUUGCGAAAUGCUUUUUCUGCAUCGAUUGACAGGAUCAUAUGGUUCUUAUCUUUUCUUUUAUUAAUGUGAUGUAUCACAUUGAUUGAUUUGUGAAUGUUGAACCUGCCCUGAAGCCCAGGAAUGAAUCCCACUUGAUCGCGGUGAAUAAUUUUUAUAUGCUGUUCAAUUCGAUUUGCUAGUAUCUUAUUGAGGAUUUUUGCAUCCAUAUUCAUCAGGGAUAUUGGCCUAUAGUUCUCUUUUUUUUUUUUUUUUUGCUGGGUGUCUGUCUGGUUUGGAAAUCAAAGUAAUACUGGCUUCAUAGAAUGAGUCCGAAAGUUUUCCUUCCAUUUCUAUUUUUUGGAACAGCUUGAGAAGGAUAGAUAUUAACUCUGCUUUAAAUGUCUGGUAGAAUUCCCCAGGGAAGCCAUCUGGUCCUGGACUCUUAUUUGUUGGGAGAUUUUUGAUAACUGAUUCAAUUUCUUCACUAGUUACGGGUCUGCUCAAAUUUUCUAUUUCUUCCCAUUUGAGUUUUGGUAGUGUGUGGGUGUUUAGGAAUUUGUCCAUUUCUUCCAGGUUGUCCAGUUUGUUGGCAUACAAUUUUUUAUAGUAUUCCCUGAUAAUUGCUUGUAUUUCUGAGAGAUUGGUUGUAAUAAAUCCAUUUUCAUUCAUUUUUUUAUCUAUUUGGGUCCUCUCUCUUUUCUUUUUAAGAAGUCUGGCUAGAGGUUUAUCAAUUUUGUUUAUUUUUUCAAAAAUCCAACUCUUGGUUUCAUUGAUCUGUUCUACUGGGUUUUUUUAUUCUAUAUUGUUUAUUUCUGCUCUGAUCUUUAUUAUUUCUCUUCUUGUGCUGGGUUUGGGGUGUCUUUGCUGUUCUGCUUCUAGUUCCUUUAGGUAUGCUGUUAGAUUUUGUACUUGGGAUGUUUCUUGUUUCUUAAGAUAGGCCUGGAUUACAAUAUAUUUUCCUCUCAGGACUGCCUUUGCUGCAUCCCAAAGGGUUUGGAUUAUUGUAUUUUCAUUUUCAUUUGUUUCCAUAUAUUUUUAAAUUUCUUCUCUAAUUGCCUGGUUGACCCAUUCAUUCUUUAGUAGGGUGUUCUUUAACCUCCAUGCUUUUGGAGGUUUUCCAGACUUUUUCCUGUGGUUGAUUUCAAGCUUCAUAGCAUUGUGGUCCGAAAGUGUGCGUGGUAUGAUCUCAGUUCUUUUAUAUUUAUCAAGGGCUGUUUUGUGACCCAGUAUGUGAUCUGUCUUGGAGAAUGUUCCAUGUGCACUCAAGAAGAAAGUAUAUUCUGCUGCUUUGGGAUGCAGAGUUGUAAACAUAUCUGUCAAAUCCAUCUGGUCCAAUGUAUCAUUCAGGGCCCUUGUUUCUAUAUUUAUUCUCUGUCUAGAUGAUCUGUCCAUUGUUGUAAGUGGAGUAUUAAAGUCCCCUGCAGUUACCACAUUCUUGUCAAUAAGAUUGCUUAUGUUUGUGAUUAAUUGUUUUAUAUAUUUGGGUGCUCCUGAAUUCAGUGCAUAGACAUUUAUAAUUGUUAGCUCUUCCUGAUGGAUAGACCCUGUAAUUGUUAUAUAAUGCUCUUCAUCAUCUCUUGUUACAGCCUUUAAUUUAAAGUCUAGUUUGUCUAAUAUAAGUAUGGCUACUCCAGCUUUCUUUUGACUUCCAGUAGCAUGAUAGAUAGUUUUCCAUCCCCUCACUUUCAAUCUGAAGGUGUCCUCAGGUCUAAAAUGAGUCUCUUGUUGACAGCAAAUAGACAGGUCUUGUUUUUUUAUCCAUUCUGAUACCCUAUGUCUUUUGAUUGGCACAUUCAGUCCAUUUACAUCCAGUGUUAUUAUUGAAAGAUAUGGGUUUAGAGUCAUUGUGAUGUCUGUAGGUUUCAUGCUUGUAGUGGUGUCUGUGGUACUUUGUGGUCCUUGUAACAUUUCACUCACAGAAUCCCCCUUAGGAUCUCUCGUAGGGCUGGUUUAGUGGUGAUGAAUUCCAAGAAGAAAAAUGAUUAAUCAGGAUAAAACAAACAGAAGCAUUUGCAGAAUCUAUAUGAAAACCCUUCUUGCAUUAUUCUUUGAAACCAGGUGCUCUGACUAUGAGCUAGAGUACCUGGGAUUCUGAAGGAUCUUGUAAUAACAUGUAUCUUCAUAUUCUUUUUCUCAGGCUCUUGCACAAUGCCUGAAAACUGGCAGAUGUGUGAUCAAUGUCUUUCAAGUAAAUGGAAGGGUUGCUGAUUCACCUGUAUGAAUAGGACCUUUUGCCAGUUGAUCCGAGGUCGAUCACUCUUCUGACUUUAUUGGGCUUUUCCAAAGGAAAACCACAACAAUCAUCUCUCUCAAUCACCACAGUAAUAACAGUUAUAGUACUAGCAGCUGGUAUUAAUUGAGCACUUACUGUGUGCCAAAUACUAUGGAAUCUUAACAUGGAUAAUUUCAGUUAACUUCACAAAUUAUCCCCACUUUACAGAUUAGGAACUUGAAGUUUAAGACACCCAGUAACUUGCCUACAUAACUUGUUAAAGCAUUACCUGAAGGAGCCAAGAUGGAAGCACAGAAACCAUAUACUACAUAAGGUAUACUGCUAGCAACUAAUCAACACCACUAGGCUCAUGGUCAUUGACUCAUUACUGGUGACACUGAUGUCCACCGAGUAGCUCUUCCUACUCCAGGCACGCAGCAGCAGAUUCCGACUGCUGGCUGAGAGGAACACCAGCCCUUUGGAUUGUGGAGGAGCAUGGCAGGCAUCUCAAUGUUGUCACCUGCCCCUGGAAGUCGCCAUGACAACAUGCUUGGAGUCUUUCUUGGUGCACUCCGGCCUGGUGUUAAGUACAAGCUUCUUUACUCCUUAUGGAUCCCAAAAAACCAAACCUUCAAUGACAGUGCCUGUUGGUAACUGGCUUCCUGUAAUGUACCUGGAGAGCAGGCUCCACCUAAGUCUUAAAGAUAAACCCUUGUGAUGGAUUUGUAAAUUGUUGGCUAAAGGUCUAAACUCAAAUCUAGUUGUACCUCCUCAGUAAAGCCUUUUCUGGCCCCCCACCAAGUCUAAGUUAUUUCUUUCCACUCCCCAAUUCCUUGGUACUCUAUCUGUAAGUCCUUUUCAGUUAAUUUCCUACUCAGGACUUAAGAGGAAAGUUGCUAUUAAACAUGGCAAGCAUUCAAAUAAAAAAAAACUUCAAAUAACUGCAUCAAAACGCCAGUUCAUGUAAUUUUUAGAUCCAGUGAGAAAAAUCCCGUUUUUCUGGAAAAGGCUACUGAUAUUUAAGAAUGCAGCUGGCUCCUGAUCUUAUUUCCCCCGGUAAAGGGAACAAUAACGGCUUGCGAAAGCUAUGGGAAAGGGCGCGUGUGUGUUCUGCUUCUGCUUUUCCCAGAUGUCAGUUACUGAAGGUUUAAGACACAAAUCCUAUGCCGACUGUUCCUCAGUGGCAGUCCCCAUUCAAAGAGGCAUUGGGAAGGCUGGUGGGACAGCUCACACGGGGACAUCCUGUGCAUCCGUGUGCAUUUAAUUCAAAUACUGACCUCAUUUUAUAGCAACCCUAACAUGUCAUUCUAAUGUAUUGGUAAAGAUGAGAAAAUGGGAUGUGAGUUUUAUCUAGAUUCACGGGCAUGGAUAGUAUCAGCAAGAUUUGCGGGGCCCUGCAGAGGGCUAGCAAUGCUUAUUAAAUAACUGCCGUAGGUGCUGUAUCAUAAAUGAGAAGCCAAGGGUGUCCGUUAAAGUCUGCAGGUGGAUUCUCAUCUGGGGAGCGCAGGCUACUGGGCAGUGAUUGAAGUGUCCAGCAGGGGGCUGGCAUUCUCUGUCUGUACUUAGCCCUGGUUCCUCUUCAGAGCCUCAGCUCAGCAGAGCUGCUGUUUGCUGGUUAAGUCAGUGACGUGCACAGCAUCCUGCCUAUAGGAUUUGAGGCUUUCUCUGUGCAGUUUUUUUUCUACCCACUUUAAACCUUCAGGUUCUAAAUAUCAGGAAAGAUAGGAAAUGCCGUAUGAAAAUAGCUGGCCAAAAGUUCUUUGUAAACUGCAGCCAGGGAGACUCAGACUAGAAUGGAGGUAGAAAGGGUUGGUACAGAGUGGGUUUAAUUCUGAGCCCUUUCUGGCCGAAUUUUUGUUGUUGUUUUGUUGUUAACUUACUGAAUAGAGACAUGUAGUACAUUGGUCAAGUGAAGACCACGGCAGCACCAGCGUCAAAAUAGUACCAGACAGUUCUGAAUGCUAUAGUGUAUAUGUACUCUAUUUUUAUUAAAGAAGAUAAAGAGCCCAGCAUAGAUUUUUAUCCUCAUCUUCACCCAGCUGCAAAAUCAAAGUUAAGCAACAGCAUCUAAGAGCACUUUUCAGGUGGGAAAGAAUCUAGAGGAUGGCUCUAAGUGAUUGUUUGCUUUUGAACUUGGAAGUGGACCACUUCUUGCACUGCAACAUCUCCAGUCACAGUGCAGAUGUCCCCAUGAACGACGACUGGUUCCACCCGGGGAUCCUGUAUGUCAUCCCUGCAAUCUAUGGGGUCAUCAUUCUGAUAGGCCUCAUCGGCAACAUCACGCUGAUCAAGAUCUUCUGUACUGUGAAGGCCAUGCGAAAUGUGCCGAACCUGUUCAUCUCCAGUCUGGCGUUGGGAGAUCUGCUCCUCUUGGUAACAUGUGCUCCCGUGGAUGCCAGCAGGUACCUGGCCGACAGAUGGCUGUUUGGCAGGAUUGGCUGCAAGCUGAUCCCCUUUAUACAGCUCACCUCGGUGGGGGUGUCUGUCUUCACCCUCACGGCUCUCUCGGCGGACAGGUACAAAGCCAUCGUCCGGCCGAUGGAUAUCCAGGCCUCUCAUGCUCUGAUGAAGAUCUGCCUCAAAGCUGCAUUGAUCUGGGUUAUCUCCAUGCUUCUGGCAAUCCCGGAGGCUGUGUUUUCUGAUCUACAUCCCUUUCAUGAGGAAAGCACCAACCAGACCUUCAUUAGCUGUGCUCCGUACCCACAUUCUAAUGAGCUGCACCCUAAAAUUCACUCCAUGGCUUCCUUCCUGGUCUUCUACAUCAUCCCACUGUCGAUUAUCUCUGUCUACUACUACUUCAUUGCUAAAAAUCUGAUCCAGAGUGCUUACAAUCUGCCUGUGGAAGGGAAUAUACAUGUCAAGAAGCAGAUCGAAUCCCGGAAGCGCCUCGCCAAGACGGUGCUGGUGUUUGUGGGCCUCUUUGCCUUCUGCUGGCUCCCCAACCACAUCAUCUACCUGUACCGCUCCUACCACUACUCGGAGGUGGACACCUCCAUGCUCCACUUCAUCACCAGCAUCUGUGCCCGCCUCCUGGCCUUCACCAACUCCUGUGUGAACCCUUUUGCCCUCUACCUGCUGAGCAAGAGUUUCAGGAAACAAUUCAACACCCAGCUCCUCUGUUGCCGCCCUGGCCUGUUGACCCGCUCUCACAGCACCGGCAGAAGUACCACCUGCAUGACCUCCUUCAAGAGUACCAACCCCUCUGUGGCCACCUUCAGCCUCAUCAACGGAAACAUCUGUCAUGAAGGGUAUGUUUAGGCUGACCCUUGACCCUGUCCCCCUAGGGGCCCCUAGUUGUGCUUUAUGGCUAGGAAAGAACCCUCACACCUGUUGUUGUCUCGGUACAACAACAAAGACCCUUUGGAAGGCUCAUGACUGGUAUAGGCAGGUGGCAGAGAGGCCCAAAUGGAUUGCUCUUACGUUUGAAAGGCCCGUCAAGAUUUGUAUUUUCCAUUUCAACUUGUGAAUGCUUCUUCUGAUGUAGAGCAAACUUUCCGUAUUUUAGAAAAGGGAACAAAUAAGAAAGUAUUAUUUUAAGCAUCAAGCCCUGAUAUACAGUUAUGGCCAAUUAAGUCACAGAAACUACAUGAACAAAGAGAUUUAUAUAGCAGAAAAAUUACACGUUAAAUGUCCACUUUGUGAAAGACUUCACCUUGUCAUUUCUUUAAGCAGAAACUAGUGCUUUAAAAAUAUGAUUUGAGUGAUUUUUCAGGAACGUUUAUGAUCACAAACCAAGGAACUGUUUUUUUACACUUGUAACCUGAAAGUCAGCCCUAUGAAAAAUUCCCAUGUAUGAUGGACCAUCCCCAAAUUGAUAACACUGGAAGCCAGUUUAGGACGAAUCCCUGAGUGUUGAUUAUUUUUAAAAGACGUUACUGGGGACACAGGAGAAACGCUCGACACAUCAUUUUAAGGCAAAAACACAGCCAGACACAUAGACACGUAUACAAAGAUCCACAUGAGGCUGUGGAUUGGUAUCUUGUGCUCUGAAUUCUAACUCAAUGGAGACUCUUUUUGCUGUUACCCCAUUUCAAUCAUCCAUGGUACACUCCUACCAUAGAAGAGAAAUCCUUUUGGGGGAAAAUUGAUCUUGCUCGCAAUUCAUCAUUUAUAAGUGCAUAAAGUAUAGUAUUUAUUUUUGCUAUACAGGUUUUCAGCCAAACAUAUUUACUUAGAUUUGGCUCUUUGCUCCAGUGAAGCAGUUAGUUCAUAUGAAAGAAAAAAAAAAAGAUCACACCUGAGUGGAAAGAGAAACAUGUUUACGUUUAACAUAUGCUUACCUAAAGUCUGUGAGAGGAAAUGAAUAAAAUUUCAGUAAUAUGUAUUUCUGUUUGAAUAUGCAUAAAUAAUUUGCAGGGGGCUUAGCAUUAAGAAUGGAUUAUAAAACAGCCACAGGUUCAUUAACUUUCUAUGUAAGAGUAGUAUUUAUGAAACAGCCCACGUGCAGAAAAGAACUGGACUGAAAUAUUUUUAUUUUCCUGAGUAAAGAGACUUGACUAUCCUACUUUAGAAGCCCUGAAUCAAGUUUUUCUUGACUCCAUGAUAGGCCAAUUCUGCUGGACUGCAAACACGUUAACCCACUUUCAGAUAAAUCCAAAUUCCGCAAAUGUGCCCUAAUAUGUAUCCCUCAUAUCUGAAGACGAUUUUCAUUCCGGUUUUCUCUGUCCAAGCGAGAAAGAACCAUUGGCUCUCUUUCCCACAUGGCACGUACUGAAAGAUUUUCAUCUCUUGUUACAAGGAAAUGCUCACCGUCCGCAGAGCUUGAGAAGUUAGGACCCAGACGGUUGUGAACAUCUGUGUUUACAGGUUGUAUUAGCUGGAGUGAGACCUCUUCACUUCCUUCCGUGAGCCGCAUGCCCUUCUGUACUGUUCCUACCUGCUCUCCUGGGAGCCCAUAAUGACACUGGACAGUUUGAAGAGCAAGUGUAGCAGAAAGAAUGAAGAUUUUUAGCUGGUCAUCCCAGCUUAGUCUCUAGCUAUGUAAGCUUGGCUAUCAACCCUUCUCUAGACUCAUUUUCUCAUCUCUAGAAUGAGAGGACAGUGCUAAGAUCCCUCUCUUGCUGAAAUCCUCUGAGUCCUGUCAUUGCUUCCAGUUUGGUUUCUAAAGCAUUUGUACAGCCAGCCUGCUCACAGGUGCCCCACUUCUGUUACCUUUGCAACAACUCGUCUGGGGAAGUCCUUCAACCAACAUCCUACACUCAUGUUCAUGUUAGUGGAAUGGAAGGAGACUAGUCUAUUGCUUUCAGGGGCUCCCUGGAAUAAUUCGUAUGAAUGGUGUCCCAUUAGCUUGUUAUGCUGUGGGAUUAAAGCUGAAAAACACAUA